AUGUCUUUCCACAAGCUGCGUCUUCUCGUUUUCAGCUCGCUGAUCAACUGCUCUUUGUGUGCCCAUGUGGUAUACGUGGAUCGCUUCACCUUCACUGCCGACGACCAAGACCUGUUCCUGUCCCAGAGAGCGCUGGUCGAACAGGAUGGUAAUCGCAGCUAUCUGUCUGGCCAUAUGAUGAUUAGUCGAUUGGUGAAUGAUCUAACAUUGCUUUCGUCAAUGGACAUCACGCGUCCUCAACGGCCGGAGCUGCGCCUUUAUAAUGUUCAGCUCAACUUCUGUUCGGUCCUCAACAAUGGUUAUAAGAAUAAGUUUAUCAGAUUGCUGUACAACAACUAUGCGGGGUUCCUGAAUACCAAGCCCAAGUGCCCACUUCGGCCGAAUUUUAACUACACCCUGCACAGGGCCUACAUCGACGAAGCCGUGCUACCAGAUCUACUGCCGGAGUGCACUUAUCGCUUGAGAAUGUCCUUUAAGCACCAAUCAAAACUAUUGGCUCACAUGCAAAUUGAUGGACACUUGCUCACCAAGCGUUAG